AUGGCUGAUACCAAGGCUCAGUACGAGCUCCAGCAACGCUACGAUGCAGGCUCCCAGUCUCUCGAGGAUCCCGAAGUGCAGCAUUUGAUCAAUCAGGCGGAUGAAAUGAUGGGCAAGCCGGCACGCAUGCUGAUCGCGCAAGCAGGGCUCGGCCCUUCCACCACCACGAGCUUCAAUCUUGUUGAUCUUGGAUGCGGCACAGGUCUAGUCGCCUCUUGUGUCCUUGAAUCGGUCCAGUCAUCCGUCCUGUCGGAGAGCAAGAUCCUCUGCACCGAUGUCAAUGUGCGGUUUGUUGAUAUCCUCAUGCAACGCGCACAGAGGGACAAGUGGAUCAACGUUGACGCGGCCGUCGGCGAUGCUCAAAACUCGGGCCUUCCCGAGCACUCAUUCAGCCAUGUAACCAUCAAUUUCGCCAUGCACAUUAUUCCUGAUCCGGCAGCAGUCCUGCGCGACACCCUUCGUAUCCUUAAACCCGGCGGUGUCCUAGCAUUCAGUGUGCCACAUGUCGACAACGGCCAUGACGGCGGAUGGAUACCGGAUCUUCGGUCAGCGCUCGAGUCUCUCCCCUUCCAGACGCCGUUUCCAGACCCAAUGCCGGUAGCUCUUCACGGCAAACCCCAAUGGGUAGAGCCAGAAGGUAUCAAAGCGGAGCUGGCCGGUCAUGGUUUCGUUGAUGUCAAGGUGGAAACCAUAGAGAUGAUCCAUCCAGUUGCUAAUGCCGAGAGCUUUUUGGCCUCAUUUUCAAUGAUGAUCAAGUGGAUUAUCGAAACGUAUUGGGGUGCGGAGCAGAAGCAGCAGUAUGGAGAUGGGUUUAGCAAGACGCUCGUCGAGCACCUUGAGUCGAAACAUGGUGGCAAGGGUUGGGAUCUCCACUCAAUCGCUAUUCUUGUCACUGCUCGGACGCCGCAGUAG